GACGUAAUUAUGGUAGCCUCCACCUCUCCCUCUCCCUCUCCCUGCCAUCAUCUGACAUUGCUGACAAGGCCACGACUCCGACCCUUGCUUAUACCCUUCCGCCCUACACCAACCUCUACUCCGACUCCGACUCCGACUCCGACUCCUUCCCUCGCCUUCAACGUGCUCAUCUAAAACCCCACAAGAAGAAAAAAGAAAAUCAAAUUUCACUACCAAACCCCAAAAUUCAAAUCAAAACACAGAAAAACCUCUUCAAGAUCAAGAUCCCCCUUCUCUUCUUCUUCUCCAACUCCCACCCCACACACACUUUUCAACACAUUUACUUCUUUAUUUGACACACACUGACACACACAAGAAACAAAUCCCAAGAAACACACAUUUACAUGAUACUCAUCUACUGAUUCAGAAUGGAGAAAUAGGAUAAUUACAGAUUUUCUUGAACCCUAAUGGACCAACGACAAUGAUUCACUUCUUUCAAUUUCUACGGUCAGAUUUGGAUUGAAUUUUCUUUAACGCGCUUUCUCUAACCAAAUACUACAUUUCCAAGUCUUCCUGUCACACCAAGUCCAUAAAUGAAUCCGAAAUUGGAAAUUAAAACCAGAUGUUGUACCUCAUUGCUUGUACCUUGCAUUCUUUGCAGCCCCACCGCCAUUAUGAUUACAUCACAUUGUGACCGAAUUCAGCUCCACAUUUUCACACUCUAGAAUUUUCUGAUUUCUUCUUUCUCAAGGAUCUACCUGCUUUGAAUUUUCCUUUUUGAAUUUUUUCCCACAUUCACAAUGCACAUGCUGAAAAUUUUACCCCUAGAUUCUGCUAUGUGACAUGGGCUGUAGUGGGUCCAAGGCGGACGACUUGCCUCUGGUGGUCCGCUGCCGUGAGCGGAGGGAACUCAUUAGAGCCGCCGCCGACCACCGCUUUGCCCUGGCUGCGGCCCAUGUUUCAUACUUCAAGUUCCUCAAGGAAGUAGGCGAUACUCUCAAGAAAUUCGUGGACGAGGAUCUAAUUACUGUCUCCCCUUCUUCCUCCUCUCUGUCUUCGCCUUCCUUAGUUCUUCCGCCGUUGGAGAAAUCCAGGAAAAUUAACCACGAGGGUUCUUCUUCUCAUAAUCCAGGAAAAUCGGGUUCUUAUGGUGGGUCUGUUUUACAUGUCCAUGGUGACGAGGAUGAUGAGUCUCAUAUACAUUUUUCAGAUUCGGAUGAGGAUGAUGAUGAUGAUGAGGAAGAUGAUUGGAAUCAUCACCAUCAUCCUAUACAUACACAUACAAACAAGGAUGACGAGGAUAAAAAUCAUUUGCAUCAUGUUGAACAAGGGGAUACAUCUCAUAAUCCGCUGGGUGGAUAUAAUGGGUAUGGGUACGGAUAUGGUUAUGAGAUGAUGAAUAAUGGGUAUUCGUACCCUCCUUUGUCUAAUUCAUAUGGGCAGCCUUAUUCUUCCUCUUAUUUUCCGAUGGAACAACCGAUGGAUCAGUACUUAUGGGGUCCACCGAGAAUGCCACAGCCACAGCCACAGCCAAUGCCGGGAUAUUCUUCCAGUAAUUCGAAUGUGUAUUACAUGAGGAAGUCAGCUACGGAGAUGAAAACAGUGAUUCAGGAGGUGGCACCCCCCCAGCGGCCGAGUAAUGGGUACUUGGAUUCAUAUUGGAACUAUGCGGCCCCUUAUGGAAAUGGUGGUGUGAAAGUGAGUCCUCCGAAAGAGCCACCGCCUCAACCAUCGCCCAAGGCCACGGCGUGGGAUUUCUUGAACCUUUUUGACGGGCAUGAUGAUGGGUACCAGGGUUAUUAUUCAACUGGUGGAUAUGGGUAUGGAACAAUUUCUAGCAGCCCGGAUUCAAUUGAGGUGAGAGAGAGGGAGGGUAUUCCUGAUUUGGAGGAAGAAACAGAAAAUGAGGUCUAUAGAGAGGUUCAAAAGGGGAAGAGAGUGAGUGCAGAAACGAGAAAGAAUUCGAAACCAAGCGUUCCUAGCUCUAGAUCAGUGCCACUGCAUAAAAAUAGUGAGGGUAGUUCAAAAUCAGGGCCAAUGCAGAAAAGUGAGGGCAGUUCAAGAUCAGGGGCACUGCAUAUGAAUAGCGAGGAUAGUUCUAGAUCAGUGCCUUCAUGGAGUAGUGAGGAAAGUGCAAAACCAUCAGUGCCAUCGGAAUAUACUAAGAGGACGCUUAUGGAAAAUCCGUUGCCCAAUAAUGAGGAUGCCGGGUCAAUUAGUUUGAUGGAUGAGAAAAGCAGUUCAGAAAGUCUUGUGUCAAAGAGUGUAGACGAGGGUUCUGUGAAGAAGAAAUGGGUGAGUUUUGAGGUAGAUGAGACACCAAAAUAUGAAGCUGAUUCCUCCAAGUUUAGUAGCUUAACUGCAUUGUCACCUCAUGAUACUCGAGAUAUUCGGGAGGUUGUGGCUGAAAUCAGGGAUGACUUCCAGGUUGCCUCUAGCUGUGGGAAAGAAGUUGCAAGGAUGCUAGAAGUUGGGAAGGUGCCUUAUCAUCCUGGCUUUCUAAAAGUAAUUCUUUCCAGGAUUUUGCACCCAAUUGCUCCAUCAUCAAAUCCUCCAUCAAUGCAUUCAAUAAACUUAGCUUCUAAAACAUCGAAGUUGGCGAAGUCUUAUUUCGGGGAUGUUGAGAUGGACAAGAACUCCCAAGUAUGUAACCUUUCCUCCACACUGGAUAAGCUGUAUGCAUGGGAAGAAAAACUGUACAAGGAAGUAAAGGUGGUUGCUUUGAUCAGGAAGAAGAAAAACUGCGUGUGACAUAUGAAAAGCUAUGCAAGAGGCUAAAAGGUUUAGAUGAGAAAGGAGCUGAUUCUGGUAAGAUUGAAGCUACUCAAGCUGCGAUCAGAAGAUCACUAACUAGGCUCAAUGUUAGCAUUAAAGCA